AUGCGCCCCUCCGUCUUUCUAGCUUCAGCCCUCGCCACGCUAGUCGCCGCCGCCGACAGCAGCAGCACAACCAAAGGCAUCGUCUACCCAGACUGGGACAUAACCAUCCCCCGCUACGAAAGCACCGCCGCCAGCGUCGCCGGAAUCAACGCGCUCGCCACAACAUACCAAAUCAAGUGCCUGCCCGGCGCAAACACACUCAGCUGCAAUAUCAAGGAUCCCUGGACCAUCAUCCAAGGUCCCGCCACCGCCAGUUUUACGGGUGUUUACACCGCUUCUUCUACCGGAAAAAAUGCUGUCACCGUGACCCGGGAGUGGAAGUGCGAUUUGAAGUCUUACACUGAGUCUGCGUCUUGCAGUAUGAGCUUCAAGGCUAGUGGUACUGUUGAUGGUAGGGGCAUUUCGACUUCGACUUCUUCGAAGAACAAGAAUUUGCCUACGAGGCAGUUGGCGACCGCGGGGAUUCUUGUUACGGGUGGUAUUGCGUCGUUUACUGCUUCUCAGGCGACGCAGACUCCGUCUGGUGGUGCGGCUGCUCCGGCUAAGGCGAUGGUUACUGCUGCGCCUCUCGGGGCUGCUGCCGUGAUAGCUAUUGCUGGUAUGCUUUGA